CUCUGGUGUGAACGGAGAGUUUAAGAGAGAGAAAAGCAAAGAAAGAGAAAAGGGCCAAAAGAAUGGACAGUUAGAAACGUUGAUUGCAGUUCUGCGCGCCGGAGGAGGAAGAUGAUGAUGAGAUGAUGACGAUGAUGAUGCUAUGCGCACGUUAUAAAUGAGAGAGUAUCAUACUGCUUGCUUCUCUCAUAUCGAUUUAUCUCUACUCAAUUGGAAUUGCAUAUCCACAGUCAGUGAGUGAAUAAGAGAAAGAGACUUCGAUCAGACUUCGGAGAGAGAUGCCGCAGAGCACAGACGAUGCAGAAGUUGGAGGAAGAACUCCUUUGAGAAAAUUGCCAAGUGUGGUAACGGAGAUAAUGAAGAUGACAGUUGACGCGGAAUCUACCGAAGCAGAACAUCUGAUGUCAGGAAUGGUUGAUGAGGAAGUGGAAUUAGCAAUGGCAAAUCAACUGCAUUUAGGUAGCAGGAAAUGUGAUUUAGGGAAUAAGACAGCAAAUUUAGAAUCAAGAAGCUUACAUCUUGAAUUCUCUGUGAAACUCCACUCACCAGCCUUAACAGGAAGACAACUUAGAGGAGAAGGUUCAACCUCUCUUCAGGUAGUUUUAGUCAAUUCUCAUACUGGACAGAUUGUUAGAUCGGGUCCUGAAUCCUCUGCACAAGUGGAAAUAGUACUGCUUUCCCCGGACUUUUCUGUCUCCAACUGGACUGCUGAAGAUUUUAACGAUAAGAUUGUUAGAGGAAAUGGUGGGAAGAGACUUCUUACUGGAGAUGUUCAAAUAAAUCUUAAAGAUGGUGUUGGCAUUCUUAGUAAUGUUUCUUUCACCCACACUAAAUGCUGGAGGUCAAAGUGUGAGUUCAGGUUAGGUGCUAGGGUCUUAAAACCUACUGCAAAUAGAGUAAGGGAGGCUAAGACAGAGCCCUUUGGAGUUGAGGAUCGUCGUGGGCAAUUGUAUGGGAAGCAUUACCCGCCUCUUCUAUCUGAUCAAGUUUGGCGAUUGAAAUGUAUUAUGAAAGACGGGGCUUACCAUAAACGAUUAGAGAAAGAAGGUGUCAACACUGUGAAGGAUCUUUGGACUCUACUCAAUACAAAUCAACAGAGGCUGCACAAUAUCCUCACUGGCAUGGCAGCUAAAUUGUGGGAAGAACUCGUGGACCAUUUGCGCACGUGCAUACUUGAUACUAAGUUAAACUUCUACUGGUGUUCGCUUAAUCAAAACGGAGUGGUUUUCAAUGUCGUAGGUCAAAUCGUCGGAAUAUUCGAAAAACACCAGUACACUGCCAUUCAGAAUCUGUCUGGAACUCAAAAGGAUCUUGCUGUCAAUCUGGUGGCAUCUGCAUUAACCAAUUUCGCGGAAGUUACCACUUUUGACGAUGAGGCAUCUCUAUUCGAUAGCUUUUCACGCUUAUCUAUAGCAGAUCAACCUUUAGAGUCACCCCAAGUGAGCGAAUCUAAUCAAAUGCAGUUAUCUAGCUUGGAUGAAUUUUAUAUCCCGGAUAUUCUUAUUACUGAUGACCAAAUUCUGAAUCAACCGAGCCCUAUUUCUGACCAUAUUGUUACAUUCGAUGAUUAUCAGCCACUACCACCCGUUUGUUCCGAGUCUGAUACAAUUGGCAUCAAUGAUUUUAGUUUCUGGGACAGGGACAAUAAUGUCAAUGAGAUGUAUAAUCGACAUUUGGAUUUCCCUAGUCCCAAAACAUACUCGAUUAUAUGUGAAGCCAACGACAUAAUGCAGGCCUAUAAUAACAACCAUGAUUUUGAAGACAACAAUAUUAGAGACACGGUAAUGACAACCACGAGUCAGAAAAAGUGUUUUUCGAAGAGAAGAGCUCAGAUAAGAUGGAGAAAGCUAUCGAAUGUGCUGAAGUUUGUCUCGGUUAGGCAGGACGUGGCUAAAAAAGGAAAGGUUGAGAAUAAUGGUGCCAUCAGUUUCCAUGAAAGGGUUGCUCUGAACGAUAUUGUAAGGGCUCGGUCUGCUGUGGCUGGUUUAGGGGACAGUGGAAACAAUCGUCGUCGAAAAGAGAUACAGCAAAGAGUCGAUGGAGAGUUUUGUCUAGCGUAAUGAGGCUUUGUUCCAAUAGGUUUGGACAAAGGGCUCUUAACCUGCCAGAACCCGAUCCUAUACUGAAGGACAAUUGUUCGGUUAAGAAUUGUCCUCAUGUUGGCUCGUCGCAGGAAUUGGACGAUUAUGAUGAACAGAUUUGUUUGAAUGAGGCUGGUUGGCCAUAAAUAAAACUGAAAAAUGCAUAGUAUUUAUAGUGCUAUUGGAAAUUGGGAAUAUAAAACAGUUAGAAAUAUUUGAUGUUUAUUGUUAUUAGCCAACCAUCCUGCCCAUUUAUGGAUUAUGUACUGGAGUUAAUGUUACUAUAGUAUAUAGUAUAUUGAAUAAGUUGAUUAUGUGU